UCCUUCACCUUUCUUCCUCCUCUCACUCUGCACUCUCUGCAAAAACACACACACAGGAACCAUCAAACAAAACUACCCCAACCACUCUCUCUCUCUCUCUCUCUCUCUCUUUCUCUCUCUACAACGCUGCUCCACGUGCUCCCAUCAGAUUCCCUCUCCACCAUUUCCAUCUCCCUUCUUCUUCUUCUUCACUUUCUCGCUGUCCAUCAAUAACUCCUCCAUGAACAACUGAAACACCAGUUUCCUCCCCCAUCCGCCAUUAAUGGACCUCCCCAAGCUCUCCCUCCUCCUCUCCCUCUUCUUCCUCCCCUCCCUCCAGCUCCCCCCCUCCCAAACCCAAACCCUCCUCCAGCUCCGCAAACAGCUCGAAUACCCCGCCCCCCUCUCCGCCUGGUCCACCCCCGCCGCCGACCUCUGCUCCCUCUCCUCCCCCCAGGCCAAUAUCACCUGCGACAACAACGCCGUCACCGGAAUCACCAUCUUCGGCGGCGCCGCCGCCGCCCUCCCCCGCCCCAAUUCCUUCGACGGCCACCCCUCUCCUCCCCAAACCCUCUCCCAAAACUUCUCCAUCGAUUCACUCAUCGCCACUCUCUCCAGGCUCAAUAACCUCCGAACCUUAACCCUAAUUUCGUUGCAGAUUUGGGGACCCCUUCCCGCCAAAAUCCACCGCCUCCAAUCGCUCCAAUUCCUCGAUCUCAGCUGGAAUUUCUUGUACGGUUCAGUCCCCCCCACCCUCCCCAGAAUCGUCUCCCUCCGCACUCUCAAGCUCGAUUCCAACUUCUUCAAUGGCAGCUUCCCCAAUUGGCUCCAUUCCUUUUCCAAUCUCUCCAGUCUCAGCAUCGCUCGCAAUUUCUUAACCGGCUCGCUCCCGUCGUCGUUGCAGAGAGUUCCGACGCUCACCGACGUGAAUUUGUCAGGCAAUUUGAUCUCCGGGAAGGUUUCUGAUCUCAGUUCUCUGUCCAGAUUAACCUGGCUUGAUCUGAGCAGCAAUCUGUUCGAUUCCGAGCUCCCGGAGCUCCCCGCCGGAGUCACGGCAGCUCUGCUCGGAAACAACUCCUUCUCCGGCAGAAUCCCCGACCGCUUCGCCGGACUGGAUCGCCUCCGGAUCCUCGACCUUUCGUCCAAUUCCCUCGCCGGACCAAUCCCCGGCGGCAUUUUCGCGUUGCCUGAAGUUAAUUCAAUCAAUCUGUCGUCAAACACGUUGAGCGGAUCGAUUCCGGAGAGAUUGAUUUGCGACGCUCGCCUUGUUUCGGUUGAUAUCUCGAACAAUCGAUUGAUCGGCGCUCUGCCGCCGUGCUUGCGGUCCAGUUCCGUUAAGUCUGCCGGAAAUUGUCUUUCCGGGAGCCUCCGCGAUCAGCAUUCCGGCGAAUAUUGCGUCGAGGCAGCCCGGGAUCAGAAGAAUUCUCGCGGGAAAGGCGCUGGAGUAUUGAUCGGAGCUGUCGCCGGAAUUGCGGUGGCUGUCGCAGUUUUGGCGUUCGGUUUUGUCGUCUUGUGUCGGCAGUAUUGCCUGCGAGGCUCGUCGGAGCAGCACUUGCUGCACAAGGCCGCGCCGGAGAACUCUGUGUCGGGAUACACGGCCGAGCUUCUAACAAAUGCCCGUUUCAUUUCCGACGCGGCGAAGUUGGCGGCUUCGCCGCCCCACCGCCUGUUCUCGCUCGACGAGCUGAAUGCCGCCACCGGUAGCUUUGACGAGUUGGCCUUGAUGGGCGAAGGCUCGACCGGAAAGAUGUACAAAGGCCGGCUCGAAUCCGGGGCUCGAGUCGUCGUCCGGUGCCUGACGGUGUCGAGGAGGUACACGAUCCGCAACCUCCGACUCCGGCUCGAUUUGCUAUCGAAGCUUCGACAUCCUCAUCUCGUAUGCUUGUUGGGGCAUUGCAUCGAGAGCCAAGGGAAGGACGAGUCGGGCGCGAACAACGUCUAUCUCGUUUAUGAAUACGUUCCGAAUGGCAAUUACUGCGCGCAUCUUUCCGAAACCGAUCGGGAGAAGGCACUCGAAUGGUCGGAUAGAUUAGCCAUUGUGACCGGCGUCGCCAAGGCUGUCCAUUUCUUGCACACGGGAGUUAUCCCGGGCUUUUUUAGCAAUCGGUUGAAGACUAUCAAUAUCUUGCUCAACGAGCACCGGAUUGGCAAGUUGAGCGACUACGGGCUAUCCGUUGUCGCUCAAGAGCUCGACAAGGAGCGAGACGGGCUCAAAACAUGGCAAACGAAGAACCUAGAAGACGACGUCUAUAGCUUCGGGCUCAUACUACUCGAGUCCCUCAUCGGGCCAUCGGUUUGUAAACUAAACGAGUCGUUUCUACACAACGAAAUAGUAUCGUUAGGGAGUCCGGAGGGGCAAAGGCGGAUGGUCGACCGGACGGUGCUGGCGACGAGCUGUCAAGAGUCCCUCUCGAUUGUCGUUUCCCUGACGAUCAAUUGCAUAUCAGCUGAGUCGUCGACUAGGCCGUCGUUCGAAGACAUUUUGUGGAACUUACAGUACGCGGCUCAAGUUCAGGCAACCUCGAACGGCGGCAGCGAUCCGAGGACGGGGAAGACAAUGUUGUCGCCGUGAUGUUAAAUGAUUGUCUCAGCUAAAAAAUUUAAAUUAAUAAAAAGUACAUUAUUAGUUAUAUAUUAUAUAAUAUUCCCACUUAUGUAUAGCUACAAAUUGAGAUGUGUAUUUUUGUGGAAAGUAUUUGGGGUGGGCACGAUUCGAAUAAUUGCAAAUAUACAAUUAUUUGAUAUCCGAAUCGAAUCGAACAAAUAUUCAAAAUUG